CCUCCAAAUAAAAUAGUACCACCCUUAUUACUUGCGAACUAUAACCAUGACCCACAUUCUCUCUCCUUAAAAUAAAAUAAUAAUACUUUUACUAACUACUAACUCCAAUCACAUCUAUUUUUCAAGAAAAUAACAUUUGAUAACCAAAACAAAACUUAUCAUCUAAAAUUAUGUGCCUUGAUUAGUGUCAAGUGUACUCUGGGACGGAAGGAGUAAUAUUUUUAUAUACCCUAAACAUAUUAAUCUAAGUUAGUUCAAGAAACACAUAAAAGAUCAUAUUUAGUGACAAGUUGUUAAUCAACUCUAUUGUAGGUAUUUAGGUAUUCUUUAGGUAUUCUUUAGCAAUAAUAACAUGUAGGUGAUAAAAAAUCAUGCAUAAGACAAUUAAAACAACAUGAAUAUUGUAUGCAAAAAUAAGAGUAGCAGUGAUUAGAAUGUACAAUAAACACGAUUAUUAAUUAAAUAUCUACAUUAUCACAAGAAAUUGUUAGUAACUUCCAAGAAAUAAAAACAAUGGAAUUAUUCAAGAGUCCCCGGAUAUUAUAUCUAUGCAGUUUAGGUCAAACAGCAUAACGACCUUCGGACGGAGCAAUCAUGGAACCAAAAUCAUUUUAUUAUUAGGAAGUCGAAAAAGGAUUGAUGUAUUGAGUGUGUUUGGGUAUUUCGAGGUUCGAAGUAUGAUUCGUAAGUACUCGAAAUUUUGAGUGCUCGAGAAAUAAUAUAAUUGAAAAAGUCGUACUAGAUUUGGGAAAUCGCGGUUAUUUAUAGAAAACAGGAAUCUACGCUUCACGCACCCCCUACGGCGCGUGCAGGCUGACGUUUGAGGGUUUGAGGCGUAGAUGCAUGUGUCAGACACACAUUAGUACACCUGAAAUGGCAAGCCCGAUUGGAAUUGUACGCGUAACUUAAAAAAGAUAGAGGAAGAAAAGAUGCAUCUCAGACAGAGAAGUGCUAGGCGCAUGACUAUGUGUGUGUCACAAAUCCAGGUGGAGGGAGCAGCACUAGAAGAUGGAAGAAAGCCCAGCAUUUAUGAUACUUUUGCUCAUAACUCUAGGUACGGAAAACGUAAUCCAGAUCUAGCAUGUGACGAGUAUCACAAAUACAAGGAAGAUGUUCAACUCAUGGUAGAAACAGGAUUGGAUGCUUACCGAUUUUCAAUCUCCUGGUCGAGAGUAAUACCAAAUGGAAGUGGAGCUGUCAACCCCAAAGGUUUACAAUACUACAACAACCUCAUCAACGAACUUAUUAACUAUGGAAUCGAACCACAUGUUACAUUAAUGCACACAGAUUUACCGCAGGUUCUUGAGGAUCAGUAUGAAGGUUUCCUCAAUUCUAAAAUCAUAGAAGACUUCACCACAUACGUUGAUGUUUGCUUUAGAGAAUUUGGUGAUAGAGUUUCAUAUUGGACCACUUUCAAUGAGGCGAAUAUCUUCGUCAUGGGUGGCUACGAUGUCGGGAUUACACCCCCAGGACGAUGUUCUUCUCCCUUCGGACCUGGAAAUUGUAACAAAGGGAACUCCACAACUGAACCAUAUAUUGCUACUCACAAUUUAUUGUUGGCUCAUGCAUCUGCUGUUAAGCUGUAUAAGGAAAAAUACCAGGCCAAACAACAUGGGUUUAUAGGAAUCAAUCUCCUUUGCUAUCAUUUUACUCCUAUCACAGACACAAGAGAAGAUAUAAGAGCAGCUGAAAGAGCCUACGAUUUUUUUAUUGGCUGGAUUAUGCAUCCCUUGGCAAACGGUGACUACCCUGAAAUAAUGAAGAAAAAUGGUGGCACAAGAAUUCCUAUUUUCACAAAUGAUGAAUCAAAAAAGGUGAAGGGAUCAUUUGAUUUCAUUGGAGUUAAUUACUAUACUGCCAUGGUGACUAAGGACAAUUCCAUGAGCUUGUCCACACACCCGAGAGACUAUAUUGCCGACAUGGCCGUGCAAUGGAUAUCUAUUAAUGCGAGUGCACCACAAGAACAGGUUAUGUUUCCUAAUGAGCCAUGGGGUCUAGAAGGAGUACUAGAGCAUUUUAAGGACGUUUAUGAAAAUCCGCUUAUAUUUAUCCAUGAAAAUGGUCAACUUGAAAAUCACAAUACAUCAAUAAAUGAUCUUAACAGAGUUGAAUACUUACAAGGUCAUGUUGGCAGUUUGCUAGAUGCUCUGAGAAAUGGAUCUAAUACCGGAGGGUACUUCGUAUGGUCACUCAUGGACGUAUAUGAAUUAUUGUUCGGCUUUGAUUACACCUUUGGUCUAUACUAUGUCGAUUUCAAUGAUCCAAAUUUGACAAGACAUUCUAAGUUGUCUCAAAAAUGGUACUCCGGAUUUUUAAAGGGAGAAAAUACAAAUUCAGAUGAAGUAAAACCUGAAAAAGAGAAUACAACUAUUGGUCCUCGACUUGGUUCUUCAGUUGGAAAUCAUGAAAGCUUGAGAAGACAUCCUAAUCUCUUUUAUCAUUUGUCUUCUUAAGAAAUGUAUUUGAAUAUUUGCUUGUAAGAUAUAAUUAUGGACAUAGAAGUGCAAGUUAUUUAAGCACUCCUAAAAUUUUACAUGUGCAGAAUAUACAUGACAAAAUAAAUGCUUAGAAGUUACAACUCUUUAGUCAUUGAAGUUUAUACAGAAAUUUGAACCA